CCAUAUACAGUCGCAACUCGGACCCCAUUGUUUGGUGCGUCUUUAAGUCAUGCUUUGUAUCCAGCCAUUCUGAUCCUUUAAGUUAAUUCAUUACUUAAUUAAUUCUACCCACUGACGAAGAUUAGGCCAAUUAACCCGUGUACAACAGUCAUACAUUAUGUCACACAAAUCCAACAUAGCCUAAUUAAUGGAUCUGACAGUGUUGUUGAUAUCUUAUAUGUUUUGCGCCUUUGAACACGUGGUUGCACACAUCCAGUACCGAUGCAUAUCUCAUUUUACGUUUUGCAAUUCUUCAAAGGUGUGUCUUUCUGGUAGGGGAGGCCAUUUUGUAUGGUGAGACGUCUGUACAUGCCUGUGUACUGUGUGUUCACGUCAGGAGCAGGAAGUGUGCCUUUGUGCCUAUGAGAGUGAAAUUGUGCUGGAGACUCGAGCUGUUGUAACAACACCCGAACCGAUUUCUUCAUUUUCCUGAGCCAACACUAUCGUUUCAUUUCGCCACCGUUUCCUCUGUGCAAUGGAUGGUGGAGACCUGAGAAGCCUCCCUCCUUUGCUCUUGCGUGCGGCUGGACUACCAUGAGCAAUUCUACUCCUUCCACAGCUAAUGGCAACGAUAGCAGAAAUUUUAAAGGCGUCCGACCCCCCUGUGGCCCCUCCCGCGUGCUUCACCUCCGUAAAGUCCCCAUUGAGGUGUCCGAGGCUGAGGUCAUCUCGCUAGGAGUCCCUUUCGGCAAAGUCACCAACCUGUUGAUGCUCAAAGGCAAAAACCAAGCUUUUAUAGAAAUGGCUUCCGAAGAGGCGGCCAUCACCAUGGUCAACUACUACACCACCGCCACGCCCCACGUACGCAACCAGCCCGUCUACAUCCAGUACUCCAACCACCGCGAGCUCAAGACCGACAACCUCCCCAACCAAGGGCGUGCACAGGCAGCCCUGCAGGCUGUCAACGCCAUGCAUUCUGGGAACAUGGGCUUGUCUGGCUCUGCCUCGUCCAGCGAUGGCUCCCUGAUGCCUGGGCAGAGCCCCGUGCUUCGCAUCAUCGUGGAGAACCUGUUCUACCCUGUCUCCCUGGAGGUGCUACAUCAGAUCUUCUCAAAGUUUGGCACAGUCCUGAAGAUCAUAACUUUCACCAAGAAUAACCAGUUCCAGGCCUUGCUACAAUAUGCAGACCCAUUGAAUGCACACCAUGCCAAAGUGACUUUGGAUGGGCAGAACAUCUACAACGCCUGCUGCACACUGCGCGUGGAGUUCUCCAAGCUGGCCAGUCUGAAUGUGAAGUACAACAACGACAAGAGCCGUGACUUCACACGCCUCGACCUGCCUUCUGGGGACGGACAGCCUGCACUGGACCCCGGCAUGACCGCUGCUUUCGGGGCUCCUGGGAUCAUCUCUUCUCCGUAUGCAGGAGCGGCUGGUUUCGCCCCCGCCAUGGGCUUUCCCCAAGCAGGCCUCUCCAUGCAGGCGAUGCCGGGGGCUCUAGGACCGCUUGCCAUUCAAUCGUCGACAAUGGGACGGAUGCCCAUCCACGGCAUGGCGCCCACAGCCCUCCACUCCGUGCUGCUGGUCUCCAACCUCAACCCCGACAGUAUAUCACCUCACGGACUCUUCAUCCUGUUCGGUGUAUAUGGUGAUGUUCACAGGGUCAAGAUUCUCUUCAACAAGAAAGAAAAUGCCUUAAUACAGAUGGCAGAUGCUACUCAGGCACAGCUUGCUAUGAGCCAUCUGAACGGCCAGCGUCUCUACGGUAAGGUGAUGCGGGCGACCAUCUCCAAACACCAGACGGUGCAGCUGCCACGCGAGGGCCAGGAGGACCAGGGCCUCACCAAGGACUUCAGCGGCAGCCCGCUCCACCGCUUCAAGAAGCCCGGCUCCAAGAACUUCCAGAACAUUUUCCCGCCCUCCGCUACCCUGCACCUCUCCAACAUCCCGUGAGUCAUCGGCCUCUGACUCAUCUCAUCCUCUUUUUUUUUUUUGCUAUUUCUCUUUCUUCAUCUUUUUGCUCACUCACUUUCUGCUCUUUCUCUUUUUUUCUCCCUGUUUCUUUUCCUUUCUCUGGUUUUCCUUAUUUUCUUUUCUUUUGGUCAUUUCUGCUUUACCAGUAAUUGAUACCUUAUUUAAGGCGUGUAUGUGUGUGUGUGUAUAGGUUCCA